AUUUACAAGUUUUCUGACCGUUUGAGAUUUCACCAAUUCACAGCUCUUUCUCUCUCCCUAGCAAAAACUUUGAAGCUCUCUUUCUCUCUUCUAAAUUCUAAUCUCCAGAAAUCCCUAAUUUUCCAUUUCCAGAAGUCUUCAAUCUACUGUUUUGUAAAUUCCUAAUCUCCAGAAAUCCCUAAUUUUCAUUUCCAGAAUCCUUCAAUCAACUGUUCUGCAAUUCAAUUUGUCGGAAAAUGGGUGAACAAACAGUUGAAAUCGUUCGUGAAAAUGGCAACUCCGAUACAUUUUUGGAGUCAGCAAAUGAAAAACCACUAUCUGAACAAAGCGAUAGAGUGGAGGAAAGUACGAAUUCUACUGAUGCACGUCAAUUUUUGAACGAGUCCCAAGCAGUCUCGGUUGAUGGAGAGCCUAAGCUUCGUCUAAAGAAAAUUGAUGAUAUCAGGGACAAAGUUAAGACUUUGAGAAAGGAACAUACAACUCUAUCUGACGAGGUCAAAGAUAUAACGAGCAAACAAUUCCCCGAAGUUCUGAAUACUCUUCAGCAUCUAAGUGAGGAGCAUACGCUUUUAAAGAACAAGUACGUGGAAGAGUGUGAGCUUUUAAAGAAAAAGUAUAUUGAUGAAUAUGCUGAAAGGAAGAGGCUGUACAAUGAAGUGAUUGAGCUGAAAGGAAAUAUUAGGGUCUUCUGUCGAUGCAGACCAUUGAACCAAGAUGAAACUGCCAAUGGGUCGACUUCUGUUGUUGAAAUCCCCCCUUCCCAGGAUCAUGAUUUGAAUGUAACUUGUGCUGAUUCUUCAAAGAAACAGUUCAAGUUUGACCAUGUAUUUGGCCCCCAUGCCAACCAAGAGGAGGUCUUUGCACAAACAUCUCCAAUUGUUACCUCUGUGUUGGAUGGCUACAAUGUUUGCAUUUUUGCCUAUGGACAAACUGGAACUGGAAAGACCUUUACCAUGGAAGGGACAUCAGAGAAUAGAGGGGUUAAUUACAGAACUUUGGAGGAGUUAUUUAGAAUUGCUAAUCAGAGAAGUGGUACCAUGAGAUAUGAGCUGUUUGUCAGCAUGUUGGAGGUCUAUAAUGAAAAAAUAAAGGACCUCCUGGUAGAGCAUACCAGUGAACCUAAGAAGUUAGAGAUUAAGCAAUCUUCAGAAGGCACACAAGAAAUCCCUGGUCUAGUUGAAGCACAUGUUUAUGGUACAGAUGAAGUAUGGGAAUUACUCAAGACUGGAAGCCGUGUCAGAUCUGUUGGAUCAACCAAUGCAAAUGAAUUCAGUAGUCGUUCCCAUUGCUUGCUGCGUGUGACUGUGAAAGGAGAAAAUUUAGUAAAUGGGCAAAGGACAAAGAGCAACCUUUGGUUGGUAGAUUUGGCUGGAAGUGAGCGGGUUGGGAGAAUUGAAGUUGAAGGUGAAAGACUCAAGGAGUCUCAGUUCAUCAAUAAAUCCCUCUCUGCUCUUGGUGAUGUCAUCUCUGCUCUUGCAACUAAAACAGCCCAUGUCCCAUACAGAAACUCGAAGCUUACGCACAUGCUGCAGAGCUCUUUAGGUGGCGAUUGCAAGACCCUCAUGUUCGUCCAGAUUAGUCCUAGCGCUGCAGACUUGGGCGAGACUUUAUGCUCCCUGAACUUUGCUAGCCGAGUCAAGGGAAUUGAAUAUGGUCCAGCUCGCAAGCAGACAGAUUUUUCUGAGCUCCUCAAGUAUAAGCAUCUGGCUGAGAAGUCAAAGCAUGAUGAAAAAGAAACAAAGAAACUGCAGGACAAUGUACAAUCUUUGCAGCUAAGGCUUUCUGCCAGAGAGCAUAUCUGCAGAAAUCUCCAGGAGAAGGUGCGAGACCUUGAGAAUAGACUGGCAGAAGAGAGGAAAACUAGACAGGUACAGGAAAAUAGAGCUGCUGCUUCAAUCAGACAGCCAAGACAGGCACAAAAGACCACAGAGAAAAGGCCACCACUGGGUCCUUCAAAUAUGAGGAUGCCAUUGCGAAAGAUAUCCAAUUACGUGGCCCCACCAUCGCCUGUCCAGACCAAGAAAACCUCUACCUUUUCUUCUCGUUUCAUGGGUUCAUACGAUGGUAAAGAAAACAAUUCCAAUGGACCAAAUACAAGAGCCAUUAGGGGUCCACGAAGGUCUAUUGCUCCGAGAUCAUCCACUGAAGCAGCAAUGGCACCACCUUUGCAGCCUAAAAGAAGGGUGUCCAUAGCAGCCUUCCGUCCAGAACCAAGUUACCAUGGUACACCUAUGAGCAGUAAUUCAAAACACGAGAGUGCAACAGGGCACUCACUUGUUAGGGAGUUGUCAAGGGUAAGGCGGUUUUCAAAGAUGUUUUCUCCUCUGCCAGAGACAAGAGCUGUAACUACUACUAGUUCCUCAGUGGAAGCAACACCUAUGAGUAGUAGGAGGUUUAUGGCAAGCCCUCCUCCUCAACAACAGGGUUCAUGGAGGCCAAAGCACCCAACUGUUGUUGCCCUGCAGAAAAAGCCAGUUGUUUGGAGUCCUUUGAAGUUUCGAGGCAUGAAGAAUUUCCGGAAGUCUAUAGUAUGAUGUGAAAAUUAACAUUUCUUUCAAGCUUAACAACUGCGACUUACUUACAUUUAUUAGGCUGUACUUAGUUGGAAACUGACUUCAAGAUCAAGUAUGCAUACCAAUUUUUUUAUUUUGUAACAUCAGUGUGAUGUUCUGAUCUCAUUUCCUGUCAUACAAGCUACAAUGUGUUAUAUUAUGAUGUAUGUGAAAGGCUGGUUUUGUUGGAAA